UCAUCUGACAUGUCUUUCAAGGGAAACCAUUGAAAAUCUAAUGUCCAGGAUCAUUUGAAGUCAAUGUGAGAAACAUCGAUAUAAGAGUUGGUUUGGGGAGUCAUUUUAUUGGCUACACUUUAUGGUGGGUAUAGUUGUGCAUUCUGUCCAUCAAGCGCGCAUCACAACUAGCCUACUCGUGUUGUCUUGACCAUCUCUCAUUUGUAUUUCACUCAAUUGAUCUGGAAAGGAGGCGGAGAAUUCUUUUCUCCUUGUUAUGCCGAAGAACAUGUGAUUAGCAUUACGGUAGGCUACUUCAACUAUUCUUGACUGCAGUUAAACUUCCGAAAGGAUUCGAGCAACUAGCGGAUUUACAUCGCAGGUGAAGGCAGUCUACAGCUCCAGCAUGUUAUCCGCCACUCCCGUCCCCAAUAAGCUAGAUCUGUCCAGGCUGACUGAUGACGAAGCAAAGCACGUGUGGGAUGUCAUCCAGAGGGAUUUUGAUCUCAGGAAGAAAGAGGAGGAUAGACUUGGGGACCUGAAGACAAAAAUCGAGAAAGAGGACACCAAACGCGAGCUUUUGGGCACGCAGACCAGCCUGACGGAUUCCCACUGCAUCCGCUGCCUGCAGCCUUUUAAAUUCCUGGUCAAUAGCAAGCGCCAGUGUCUGGACUGUCAGCUGUACACCUGCAAGGCCUGCAGCCGCUACAACAAGAAGGAUCGCGGCUGGGUGUGUGACUCCUGCCGCAUGGCCAGAGUUCUGAAAAUUGGCACCUUGGAAUGGUACCACGAAAAUGUGCGCUCCCGUUUCAAGCGCUUCGGAAGUGCCAAGGUGAUGCGGUCCCUGUACAAGAGACUGAACGGAGAACGCGGCUCCCAGCCAGAUCUCUCAGGUAUCUAUGAUAGCCAUGAAGAAGAUGGCUUGGAUUGGCCGAGAUGCAAACCGGGUCAUAAAUCCAAGCGUCGGCUUACGGUCAACCCACCCGAUUUCGAUCUGGACAACGAAUACUCCUCUCACUCUCCUCCUCCCCCCUUCCAGGCUGCUGUCUUUCAGCAGACUACAGAACAGGAAGGCUGGAAGGGGAAAGAUCUGGAGUUUACCACAAACCGGCGGAAGAGCUUGGAAAAGUCCACGCGCUCUGAUGAAGGGGGGUAUCAGCCGCACAGGAUGAAACGCACGCGCUCCCUGUCCAAGAUCGGCAAUUCCAACGGCCCCCAGCACCUCCUCCGCAACGAGGUGGACACCUCGGACGAGGAGAGCUGCGGCCGCGCUCCCUACCAGCCGGGGCCCCUGCGCCGCCACAGCCGGGCCGCCCUGCAGGAGGGCGUGGGGCAGACCGCUCCCCCGAUCACAGAACUGAACAGGCGCAUGUCAGCCAUCGAGGGUCUCCUGAACCAUCUGGAGCAGAAAAUGCCUGUGCCCCCUCGACAGCUGGAGCCCCUGACGGUGGUUCAGCUGGAGGAGGAGAACCUGCGGAUGAAGCUCGGGGAGCUGAAGAACAUCAACGAGAAUGGCGUAUCCUCAGAGGACGAGGAGGCCAGGAGGCCCCCUGUGCUGAGGGAGGUCCGGAGAAGGAGCAGCGUGGCUCCUGUGAGCCAUUUGCCCUUCGAGCGACUGCUGAAUGCCUCCAGUGACGAGAUUCCCUCUGACGAACAGAAGAGAUCCAUGGCAGCAGCCCUGUGUGACAUCACAGCUGAGUUUCUGAGAACCAUAAAUGCAACCGAAAAGGCGAUGGCACAGUUCAUUCCUCCUAAGUCUAACGCCCUGUGCCCUUUAACGGGGACGGACGCCACGCAAGCCGAUGAGGCUUACAGGAAUCUUGAGGAAAAUGUCUACAUGACAGCAGGUAAAUCCUAUGACCUGGAGAAGAAUUUGCAAGACCUGGAAGAGACCGCCAAGAGUCGCUAUUGUGGUAACACUGACUCUGAGCUGUCAGAGCUGGAGGAUAAGGUGGCGAAGGCCGCUGUUAAGGUGCAGACCGCAGAGAGUGAGGUCUCUGAAAUAGAAAACAAGAUCGCUGCAUUGCGAGCGGGAAUGUCUGUGGAGAAGUCUAAGAGAAAGGCAUCAGUCACAGCCCAAAGGAGAAGACUGUCCCUCGACUUUCCUAUAAAAACUAGCAAUGAUUCUGGAUUUGGCAAGACGCCCUCAGCAGUGUGAUUGUCCCCUGAUGUCCGUGGAGCUUCUCCAUUCAGUUUUGUGCUGCGAUUCUUUUGGAGCUGCGUUCCCCUGUUACAGAUCUGCUGGUGUCAAUCAGAGGCCUUGAGCUCCUCCCCUUCAGCAAACGGUACAGCAGGGAUCAUCAACUCUGGCCCUUGAAUCCAAAUCCAGCCCUGGUUUUCUUUUCUCCCAGGUAAUUAGUGCUACUGAUUGGCCAGACUGUCUUCACACCUGACUCCCAGGCAAAGGGAGGGUGGAAAACCAGCAGGUCUCGGCCCUCGAGGACCGCGAGUUGCUGAUCCCUCCAGUACAGAGUUUACACACGCCAGUGAUUACUUUUAAAAAGUUAAUGCAUGAAUGAUGUAGUAUUCGAGUUGGGAUUCUCAUUUUUGUUUUGUCAGGAGUACAAUUGUAAUCAUAAUCAUAUUGAAAUUGAAAAUAUGAUUAUGAGGUCUGACCUGAUACCACAGCAAAAAAAGAAAAGAAAGCAAAGGCUGUGAAAAAUUAAUUAGGGAAGGAUUGCCUUGGUAUUGCUUCUAAAAAUGAAGAAAUGGAUCUACCACAACUAAAAUAUUUCAUCACAUGGCCUCUGAAUGGCGGUACAGUGAAGUGAAUGUGCCUGAGGGAGGGCAUUGUUCUCAUUCAAAUGGCAUCCAGCCAUACCUGCAGGGCUCAUUAUAGAGUCAGUUGCAUGUAAGUGUGCAUGACAAACAUUAUUUUUAACAGCUGGUACUUACAAUAGCAUCUGGUUUAGCCUGAAUAGUACUGUUUUAAACGUCUAAUAAGCACAUAAUGUUAGAACUGCUUGAUUACUAUCUCUUUUUUUUUUUACCUUUUUAUGUUCAUUAUUUUAUGUAUCUGUAUCAUUGUGCCUUUAUAGAGUCGUGAACAGAUAUAAUUCCGUCUGAACACAAUUAAACCCUACUCUACCUGAGCCCAAACCAAAGCCUAAAUCUACAAUGUUAUUGCCUUUUUUUAUUUCAUAUUUAUUCAACGAUCAUUGACAAGCACUCGCAUAAAUCUAGCACAUCGUUAACAGUAGUCACAGUAACCUUUACAACUAACACACAAACAUGGCCAACCAAUUCUGAGUGUUACACAGAGGUGAUUUUGAUAGAUUUGCAUAAAUCCAGCGCACACAGAAAAAUUCCAAACCCUAAAAAUAAACAUAAAGUUUGUCGCAUUCCAAAGGAAGCUAGUUAACAAGCCAACUUGUAUAUACACUACAAAGUAGUACUAUAAUGUAGAACUGUUGAUAUUUAAUGAUAAAUCUGUGUAGCAAAGGCUGGCAAUUUUGUGUCCCAGAAAAUGUACUGCUCACAAUUUUCAGUCCAAUCCUCAUCUGGACUAGCAUUUCUCGCUAUGCUAGUGGAGACACUGGUGUGUUCAACAGUCAAAGGAAUUGUCAUAUUUUACUCACAUGGAAAUGAUAGCCUUUCUGAAUCUGAGCCAAACUCAUGGUAUAAAUGCUAACAUAGGCUUGACCCAAACCAAAGGCACUAGAAUAGGCCGACCUGACCAAUCCCUAACCAGACACAUAGCAUUGGGGCUCAUCAGGCUCGAACUGUAGUAGACCCCUGCCUUUCUACAACUUUCUAAGUUGUUUUGGAAGCUCUGGACUUCAUGGUCAAAUUCUGCUUUAAAUUCACAAAAAAUUUGAAAAUUGUGGAAAGGGUCUGAAUAUUUUUGCAAGCUACAAUAUUUCAUUAUUUUCUAGUUUCAGUUGAAUUUAUUUUGCCUGCUGCUUGCAAUUAAACUGAAUGCCUCAAAAUGUAUGACCUGUAAGUCUAUUUAUGCAGGAAAUAUUUAUCAAUAUUUAUCUGAUAUUUAUCAGUAAAAGACUUAAAAGUAUUAUUUUUCAGUGAUGAGGAAUGGGUGGGCAACAGGUCUGAAAGCAAAUUGUGUCAAAUGAAAACAGUACGUAGCCAAAGUAAAACUGAGUUCUAAAGCAUCGUUUUAAAUUGUUCUUUUUUACUAUACCUCUAACUGCAGAGACUGCUACAAAUGCUUUAUUUCAUUUAAUCAGAAAUAAAUUUUGUAUAUUUAUAUUUAUAUUUGUCUCAUAUACUACCAUCUGCAAAUGUCAAUGCAAAUGAAUAACAGUUACUCGUGUUCAUUAAACAGUGUUAAUUAACAUUAACACAA